AUGCGGUGCGCGGAGCCCGCCGGUGUCUCCGCCCAGCCCCGCAGCUCCUCCUCCUCGCCAAGCCGCUCUGCCAGCACCGGCUCGAGGGGGAACCGCUCAGGCCGUCGCCGCCAGCCCAGUGCGGACGGAGAAGGAGGCGGAGGGCGGACGCGCUCGUCCGCUCGCCCCUCCCGCAGCGGACUCCCCCCGCGGCGCGGCGCCCGGGGGAGGAGCCGACGCGGGCACGCCCCGCCCCAGCCCGGGCCGCCGCCGCCGUGGUUCGGGCUGGUGCUGGGCUCGGCGCAGCGCCUGGAGUUCAUGUGCGGGCUGCUGGACCUGUGCAACCCGCUGGAGCUGCGCUUCCUCGGCUCGUGCCUGGAGGACCUGGCGCGCAAGGACUACCACUACCUGCGGGACUCGGAGGCCAAGGCCAACGGCCUCUCGGACCCGGGGUCGCUGGCAGACUUCCGAGAGCCCGCCGUGCGCUCGCGCCUCAUCGUUUACCUGGCGCUGCUGGGCUCGGAGAACCGGGAGGCCGCCGGCCGCCUGCACCGCCUCCUGCCCCAGGUGGACGCGGUGCUCCGGAGUCUGCGCGCGACUCGGGCCGAGGGCUCGCGGGGCAGCGUGGAGGACGAGCCGGGCGGCGAGGGCGAGCGGGACGCGGAGAAGGACGGCCCCGGGCCGGAAGGCGGCGGCUGUGCCGCGCUCGGGUCCGGGAGCGGGCUCGGCUUCAGGGCCCAGGAGGAACUGCUGCUGCUCUUCACCAUGGCUUCGCUGCACCCGGCUUUCUCCUUCCACCAGCGGGUCACCCUGAGGGAGCACCUGGAGAAGCUCCGCAGCGCGCUCCGGGUGGAGCCCGAGGACCCGGAGGUGGAGCCUUGCAACUUUGCGGGCUCCAGAGCCCAGAACGAUUCUACUUGUGGUGAUUAUAUACAGAGUAAUGAGACUGGUUUAGUAGAACAAGCCCAAAUACCUCAAGAUGGACUCACCGUGGCCCCUCACAGAGCUCAGCCAGAAGCUGUACACAUUGAGAAGAUAAUGUUGAAAGGAGUCCAGAGAAAAAGGGCUGACAAAUAUUGGGAGUACACUUUCAAAGUAAAUUGGUCUGACCUUUCAGUCACAACAGUAACAAAAACUCACCAAGAGCUACAGGAAUUUCUACUGAAGAUGCUGACCAAACAUCCCAGUGCCAUGCUCACGGUGCUUGACAUCAGCAGUGCUGCUGCCUUUGCUCAGAGGGCAGAGUUUACUAAAAGAAUGUUUACUUCGCAAAUCAGACUUCCAAAGGAGUUGUCUUCUGAGACUUUUGACAAGACCAUCUUAAGAGCCCUGAGUCAGGGUUCUUUAAAAAGGGAAGAGCGGCGACACCCUGACCUGGAGCCCAUCCUAAGGCAGCUAUUCUCGACUUCAUCCCAGGCUUUUCUUCAGAGUCAGAAAGUACGCAGCUUUUUUCGGUCAAUAUCAUCGGAGUCUCAACACAGUGUCAAUAACUUACAGUCCUCUCUGAAGACUUCUAAGAUAUUAGAACACUUAAAAGAAGACAGCUCAGAAGCUUCAAGUCAAGAAGAAGAUGUGUUACAGCAUACCAUAAUCCACAAGAAACAUGCUGGGAAAAGUCCUUCUGUGAACAGUGUUGGUACAAGCUGUUCUCCAUUGGAUGGGCUUACCAUGCAGUAUGCAGAACAGAAUGGAAUUGUGGAUUGGAGGAACCAAGGCUGUGCCGCCAUUCAGCACUCAGAACACUGUGUGACCUCAGCUGACCAACACUCUGCUGAAAAACGAAGCUUAUCUUCAGUAAAUAAGAAGAAAGGAAAGCCACAAAUAGAAAAGGAGAAAAUUAAGAAAACGGAGAACAGAUUGAACAAUAGAAUAAAUGGCAUUAGACUCUCUGCUCCCCAGAAUGCUCAUGGCGGUACUGUGAAAGAGUUGUUAUUUUUAGAUAUGAAUUUGGACAUUGGAUCUGGACAUGACACAUGUGGAGAAACAUCUUCAGAGAGUUACAGUUCUCCGUCUAGUCCACGACAUGAUGGAAGAGAAAGUUUUGAAAGUGAAGAAGAAAAGGACAGAGACACAGACAGCAAUUCUGAAGAUUCUGGGAAUCCAUCAUCAGCCAGGUUUACAGGUUAUGGCUCUGUCAACCAGACUGUCACUGUCAAGCCACCUGUUCAGAUCGUCUCACUGGGAAAUGAGAACGGAAACCUUUUGGAAGCUCCGUUGACCUCACACAAGUACCCACAUAUUCCCUUUAUGCCAGCUCUACACUGUGUCAUGCACAAUGGUGCCCAGAAGUCGGAAAUGGUCAUUCCUUCACCCAAAUCUGCAGAUGGCAAAGCAGUGGGGAUGCUUGUCCCUAACCCCGUGGCUCUCUCCACAGUGAUGGAGUCCACAAACUCAACCCCUGUUGGAAUCCUAGGUCCAGCUGCUUCCGGAGAGUCGGAGAAACACCUGGAAUUGUUGGCGUCCCCUCUACCCAUUCCAUCAACCUUCCUUCCACACGGUAGUACUCCUGCUUUGCAGCUAACAUUGCAGAGGCUAAAAUUGCCACCACCACAGGGAUCUUCUGAGAGUUGCACAGUUAAUAUUCCACAACAACCAACCGGAAGUUUGAGCAUCGGAUCACCAAACACUGCCUUUAUUCCUGUCCAUAACCCAGGUAGUUUCCCAGGAUCUCCUGUGGCUACCACAGACCCCAUCACAAAAUCUGCACCCCAAGUGGUAGGACUCAAUCAAAUGGUGCCUCAGAUUGAGGGAAGCACAGGGACCGUCCCUCAGCCGACUAAUGUGAAGGUAGUUCUUCCAGCAGCUGGCCUCUCAGCUGCACAGCCACCAGCUUCCUACACCUUUCCAGGCUCACCCCUCGCUGCCAGUGUGCUCCCCACCCAGAAUUCCAGUGUGCUCAACACAGCCACUUCUGCCCAGCCAGCCAGUACAGGCAUCAGUCAAGCCCAGUCCACAGUUCCUCCUGCUGUUCCUACCCACACCCCAGGUCCUGCCCCAAGCCCCAGCCCUGCCUUGACACAUAGUACUGCACAGAGUGACAGCACAUCUUACAUCAGUGCUGUGGGGAACACGAACGCUAAUGGGACCAUAGUGCCACCACAGCAGAUGGGCCCCUGUGGUUCUUGUGGGCGAAGGUGCAGCUGUGGGACCAAUGGAAACCUUCAGCUAAAUAGUUACUAUUAUCCCAAUCCAAUGCCUGGACCAAUGUACCGAGUCCCAUCAUUCUUCACUCUGCCAUCCAUUUGCAAUGGCAGCUACCUCAACCAAGCACAUCAGAGCAAUGGAAACCAACUUCCUUUUUUUCUGCCUCAGACUCCAUAUGCAAAUGGACUGGUACAUGACCCAGUUAUGGGGAGCCAAGCCAACUAUGGCAUGCAGCAGAUGGCAGGAUUUGGGAGAUUGUAUCCUGUAUAUCCAGCACCUAAUGUAGUUGCCAACACCAGUGGUUCUGGGCCCAAGAAGAAUGGGAAUGUCUCAUGUUACAAUUGUGGUGUAAGCGGGCACUAUGCACAAGACUGUAAGCAGUCGUCCAUGGAGGCCAAUCAACAAGGCACUUACAGACUGAGAUACGCACCUCCCCUACCCCCUUCUAAUGAUACGUUGGAUUCUGCAGACUGAACGAGUAAAGCUUGCCUUCUUAAUGCACUCAAGUGUGGGGAGUCAUGGGGUGUGGAGGGGAGGAAAGGAAAGGUAUUUUGUUUCUUUGUCUGUACAUUUCCUAAAUUUGUAUGCAGUUGGGCGUUUUCAUUUCUUUUUUACCUAUGUCCAAGAUAAGAAAGAAUGCGAUGCUCUUGAGCCGCUGGUCUCCUGGUUCAACAGCAGGCUUAUGUGUAUGAUACGUGUAACUUACCUUCAGACAAACUCUUGGACAGAGAACCUUGAUGUGUGCUUUCUACACUGAAUACUUGCUGUGUGCAAUGUUUACUGAAUCUUUAAACUGUGUAUUGACCAAUUUGUUUUCACAACACUGGUAACAGUAAUAUGGUUUUGAAAAAAAGCAGCUUUGCUUCUUCCUGGCUUUUCUCACUUUGACCCUAAACUACACGUUUCUUGCCAGCUACCCUCUUCCCCUGGCCUACAGCAGGAGUGCUCAGCAGUCCUUGUCUAAUGUAACCUGCUCUGUGUAGGAACCAAGGGCAACAUGUUUCACCGUGCAUUUUAGAAGUCAGAUUCCCAAGAAGUAUGUGUAUAUGUCAUGAAAGCAUCACAUAAAUACAUAUAUGCAGCACUUACGCAAGUAACAUGAAAACAAGUGGUGGAAGUCCUACUUCAGGAAGCCGAAAAUGUGAAAUGGACAAACAGGUCUUCCGUGAGAGCAAACAGCUUUUCCUUCCACCACGCUUUGUAGCUUGUUGCUUCAGAGAGACACAGAGUGAACACACUGGUGUGGAUGCUUGUGUCUGUGAGGACAGUCAGCAGCCAGUCUUGCUUGUUGUCUUACCACAUGAUCUGACCAGACACCAGCUGUGACAGUGUUACAUUGUGUUGACAGUGUGUGCUUUGUUGUAUCUGAACAGAAUCUGUGGGUUUCUAUAGAAGUCAGGGAUCUGCUCCCUAAGCUGUGUCUCUUAAGCAGUGUCACUUUUAUAACUGUUUACCACUAUGCUUGAUUUACAAUGUGAAAGACUGAAUUCUGCGUGUGUCGAGAUGGUAUUAAUCAUGUCAGUGUCAUGUCACUAAGUUUAAUGCUGCUGGGUAUUUUUUUUUUAAGCCAAUCUAUGUACUAAAUUGCUUCCAGGUAAUUUUUUGAUUUCCUGAAGUGCACUGAGGUUAUCUGGGAGGUUGGAUGAUCUUCAGUGACUGCUGCAUUCAACAGCAAUGAACAAGUACCACUGUAUAUUGUAAGCCUACGGGGUAGGAGGGCUUUUCCAUUCCUUGGUACAGAGUAGAAAUGGUUGACUUUUGUUGUGGGGAAUAUAGUUGGUGUGUGGCAGAGGCACUGAAACGUUAGGUCUGGGUUCUGAAACUUGACAUUGUGAGAAAAAAAAAAAAGAAAAGAAAAAAAGGAAAAAAAGAAACUUGAAGAAAAAGAAGCUAGUUCAACACUUCAGAAGUAGCAUUUAUAUUUAUAGCACCAAUGUACAUUCUGAAACUUUCAGGGGUAGGAGCUAUGGGAGAGAAGGGGGAGUGUGAUAGGGUAGACGAAAGCUUUAAUUUAGAAAGAAAAAGUUCAAGUAAAGGAAAUUAUUUUGAUUAAAUAUAUUUUAUUUGACCUGGGUAUUUUUGGACCACAUUAUUAACUUGUUAAGCUGCAGUUGAGUUGUUGAGGGGAGAGUAUUGAUAAGCCUUGUACAGGUGCGCUGUGACUCACUCACCAGGUGUACUUUAUGGAGCUUAUUUUAUGAUUUCAAAUACUGUACUGUACAUAGGAGGUAUGUUACCUUCUCCUUAUUUGUAUGUUUACCAUAUACUUUGAUAUUUGAAAUGUUAUGUACUGGAAAGGCCACUUAUAUUUCUAGAACAGAUUGGAUUUUAUGCAACCUUUUUCCUUGAAUUAACAGCAAUAAAAAAAAAAGA